AUGGUCCGUUUUGUGAUUCUCCGGGCCCUAUCGUUGCUGCUGGCCGUUAACACUGUCUCGAGCUCGCCGCUGGCGGAUGAGCACUUUAGUCCGUGGGGUAACUCUCCAUCUAACGGUUUGGUGUGGCCUUCGGUAUUGGAUGAUCAGAUUCACGGCGAGUCCUGGCCGGAGUUUGCGAAUAAAACGGAGCGGCGGCCGUCAUACAGGGCGCCGACAUUUGAGGAACUCAAAUUCAUGUCGAGUAAGAACAUGUCGUGGCUGGCCAGGUCGGGAGGACAUGGGUUCUCUCCAACUCUCCAGUCGACCCAGGAUGCCGUCUUGGUCAACCUGGAGAAUGUUAGCCAGGUCCAGUUCCAGUCUGACAGCACAGUCGUUGUCGGCACGGGUGUGUAUUUUGGCGACUUGAUCAACGCUGUGGGCGCUGCGGGAAGAGAGCUGACCGUGGGCACGUGCCACUGUGUCGGCGCAACGGGAGCUAUUCUCGACGGAGGUUUGGACUGCCUCCAGGGCUUAUACGGACUGACUAGCGACGCUCUCCACAUGAUAUUUGCCAAGAGUUCAAUCGAGAAGGUCGUGGAGAUUACUAACAAUCUGUUGGUUCCAGCGCUGGAUGAGAAGCUAUCUCUUAUGAGCCUCUUGACUUUGAAUGCCACAACCUCCGAGCUCUACAUGGCUGUCAACAUCGUGUAUUCUGGACCCGAGGAGGGACAAAAGUACACCCAGCUUCUCUCGCCUUACAGCUUAGGCCUUCAAGAGCAUAUGCUGAAGUGGGAAGAGCUACCGACCAAAACUCUCUUCGGCUACGUCCCAUUGUUCUGCACAUCUGGCCCACGGUACAAUCUAUACACCACAAAUGUCAGGACUCUCGAUUCGCCAAUUUGGGUCGAAUUCAGCAACGAGUCCGAAAAGUUCAUGCAGCAGCACCCUACGGUCAACGCAUCUUUGAUCAUCGAGACUUACCCGGUCCAGGGCAUCGAAGCGCUCAGCGAGGACUACUCCGCCUUUCCCCAUCGCAGAUAUUUUCACAACGUCAUUGAAGUCAUCGGACUAUACACGGAUGAUAGCGUAGCAAAGUCAGUUGAUGAUUUUCUCCGCUUUUGGCGAGACAAAUUCGCCGCUACCUCUAGAUAUGACGAGCUCCACGUCUACCAGAACUAUGCCCAUUAUGAUGAACCGCUGUCGGCACUUUAUGGAAAUCAACACUGGCGUCAUGAACGUCUUACGAAGCUAAAGAAUGAUUAUGAUCCCCAUGGUUUCUUUAAUAGGUAUCAUGCCGUACCGUUUGACGUCGAGAAAUGGACCUAG